AUGGCUGCGAAGCGGCAGAACUCAAACAACGAAGCCCGGCGGCUCCUCAACUCUUUUAAGGACACCCCGGGCAAGGGUCUUGGGACUUGUGGAUGGAUCUUGGUGGCUGCUUCAUUCUUGUUCACCGUGAUAACAUUCCCUAUCUCUGCAUGGAUGUGCAUUAAGAUAAUAAAAGAAUAUGAACGAGCCAUCAUCUUUAGGUUGGGGCGCAUUCUGCAAGGAGGUGUCAAAGGACCAGGUUUGUUAUUUAUCCUGCCUUGCACCGACAGCUUCAUCAAAGUGGACAUGAGAACUAUUUCAUUUGACAUUCCUCCUCAGGAGAUCCUCACCAAAGAUUCUGUGACCGUUAGCGUGGAUGGUGUCGUCUACUACCGUGUGCAGAACGCCAUCCUGGCUGUGGCCAGUAUCACUAACGCCAACGCGGCAACUCACCUCUUGGCACAGACCACCCUGAGGAACGUCCUCAGCACCAAGAAUCUUUCUCAGAUCCUCUCAGACAGGGAGGAAAUUGUACACAAUAUGCAGAACACCCUGGAUGACGCCACUGACGGCUGGGGGAUUAAGGUGGAGCGUGUGGAAAUCAAGGGGAUGAAGCUUCCAGUGCAGCUGCAGAGAGCGAUGGCUGCUGAGGCCGAGGCAUCCCUGAAGGCCCAUGCCAAGGUCAUUGCUGCCGAGGGAGAGAUGAACGCGUCCAGGGCUCUGAAAAAGGCGUCCAUGGUCAUCACUGAGUCUCCUGCCGCCCUUCAGCUGCUGUACCUUCGGACACUCACCACCAUCGCUGCAGAGAAGAACUCCACCAUUGUCUUCCCUCUGCCCAUUGACAUGCUGCAAAGCAUCGUGAGAGCGAAGAAAUGA